CCUGGUCCUGUUGGUGGCUGGCGGGGACGUGUGUAUUCGUUUUGUAUUAUACUUUGAUGAGAAUAAACCAUGAGUUAAACUAAAGUAGAUAGAUGUUUGGUUAAUUUGAGUACUUAGGCGCAAAGGAAUUGGGAGUUAGGUGGUGAAAUUUUUGGGCUUGGGCUCAAAAAAGGAUAGAAAGCUGCAGGAUCCAUAAGUUUUUGUGUUGUGGAUAUCGAUGCAGAAGCUGAACCUCGCCAUUAUAAAACACACCACGUCACACGAGGAGUAGGAUGAUGAUGACGACGACGAUCUUACAUUUUGGGAUCUGCAGCUCAAACUGAAUCCUUCAAACCCCAGAAUCUAAAACCCAUUCAUCUUCUUUCAUCUUCUUUAAACUUCCAACAAUCGGACCAGCCCCCUUACGAAUCUCUCGAUUAAUUCAUUCCAAUGGGAGAGGAAGUCAAGAAAGUGGAAGAUACAAAACCAGAGGAACCCCCGAAAGCGGCUCCUGAUCAAGAGAAAACAGAGGGCGAGAGCGAGAAGAAGGAAUCAAAAGAUGUGAUAGAAGAAAAGCCUCUUCCUAAACCACCUCAGGAUAUUGUGCUCUCUGUUUUUAUGCAUUGUGAAGGCUGUGCCCGCAAGGUCCGCCGCUGCCUCAGAGGCUUCGAGGGGGUCGAAAGCGUGGAGACUGAUUGUAGAACUCACAAAGUUGUGGUGAAAGGAGAGAAGGCCGAUCCGGUCAAGGUAUUAAACAGACUUCAGAGGAAAAGCCACCGACGGGUUGAAUUGAUCUCUCCAAUUCCCGAGCCUGAGCCCAUUGCUCCGAUCCCUGAACCUGUAGAGAAACCCAAAACAGAGGACCCUAAACCACAGCCUCGGAUUAUUGUAACUGUCGUCUUGAAAGUGCACAUGCAUUGUGAGGCUUGUGCUCAAGAAAUCAAAAGAAGGAUACACAGAAUGAAAGGUGUUGAAUCAGUGGACCCAGAUCUAAAAAGCUCGCAAGUCUCUGUGAAAGGAGCGUUCGAUCCGGCGGCGCUGGUUGCCUAUGUGCACCGCCGGACCGGAAAACACGCCGCGAUUGUGAAGCAAGAGCCGGAAGUUACACUCGAGAACAAUAAUGAAUCAGAAGCCGUUGCUGUGAAAGAAGUCGAAGAAGAGAAGAAAGCGGACGCCGGCGACGGAGUUGAAAGUGAGAAAAAGGUGGAGGAAGAGAGUACAGUGGAGGAGAAACCCGCGGCGGCGGAUGCUGCCCCCGGCGAUGGGGAGGCAGAAGGAGCGUCCCCUGGCGAGGCCGCCCAACCAGCAGCAGAAGAAGGGCCGAAAAUGGUGGAAGUGAAGAAGAAUGAAUACCAUUAUUAUUACCCGCAAAGGUACAUAAUGGAAAUGUAUCCGUAUGCACCGCCGGUGAUGGGCGACAUAGCGUACCCAGCGCCACAGAUGGUUAUGGAGACGUACCCGGCGCCGGCGAUGAUGGGGCAUGCAUAUCCACCUCAGAUGUUCAGCGAUGAAAAUCCAAAUGCUUGUUCGGUCAUGUAAUUGUAAUGUUAAUGUUAUUAUUAUUUUUUUUUUUUGUGUUGUUUUGUUCUAUAGGAUUUAUCUUCUACUGAGGUGGAAGUAUAAUGAAUGGGAGAAUUUUGUGAAUGUUACAAACUUCUCUACCAUUACCAUUACCAUUACCAUUACCACAUGUUAUAAAACAUUGGGGUAUAUUAUAUAUAAUUAAAUUAGUA